UCCCCGUCCAACAUCCCAGCAAUAAACAUCAUCAUCAUCAUCAUGAAAGCCAACCGCGGCGCUAAGAUCGUCCUCCACUGGCUCGAGCGCUCCCGCGCCCAGCGCAUAAUGUGGCUCAUGGAGGAGCUCAACCUCGAAUACACGGUGCAGACAUUCAAACGUCAACCCAACGGCACGGCACCGCCGGAGCUGAAACAGAUCCACCCGCUCGGCAAAUCGCCCCUCGUGUCCGUCACCCCGCCCGAGGCCACCGAGCCCAUGGUUCUGGCCGAGUCCGGGCCGAUCCUGGAGUACUUCCUCGACCACUUCGGGGGCGCCGACACGAGCCUCAUCCCGGCGCGCUACACGCCAGGCAAAGAGGGCAAGCUGGGCGGCGAGACGGCGUCGUGGAUGCGCUAUCGCUAUUUCAUGCACUACGCCGAGGGCAGUCUCAUGUCGCCGAUCCAGGUGCAGUUGAUUAUGAAUGCCAUCAAAAACGCCCCCGUCCCCUUCUUCCUCAAACCAAUCACGGGCCUCGUCCCCGGAAAAGUCAGCAAGGAGUUCCUCGACCAGGAGCUGCGCACGCACUUCACCUUCCUGGAGACCCAGCUGGCGUCGGCGCCCGACGGCGGCCCGUUCCUGUGCGGCGCGCACCUCACCGCCGCCGAUAUCCAGAUGAGUAUCCCCGUCAUCGCGGCGCUCAAUGUCGGGAUGAUUGCCCGCGCCGAGUAUCCCCGUUUGGACGGGUAUUCGGAGAGGUUGCAGGCGCAGGGGGCGUAUAGGCGGGCCGUGGAGAAGAUUGAGGCGUUGGAGGGGAGGCCGUUUGUUGCUAUUUGAAGGGGGGUUGGGUUGGUUUUGUGGGUGGGUUUGGGGUUGAUGUGCUGUUUUGGUGUUGUGGUGUUGGUGUAUUAGGGUUUUAAUAUUGUGGUGAUGGAACUCUUAAUGGGUAUAAUGAAGUUGGGAGUUUCUGAGAGGGUUUGGAGUGUAUAGUAUUUACUGAUAGGCGGGUCGGGUGCCUGUUGGAUUGGGAUGGGAUGUAAGAUAUUGGAUGAACCUGUCCGUCCUAAACAACUGUAGCUUAGCAACGAAUCACAACGAAUGGAUAGCGAC